GGCGGCUCAGGCGUCGACUAGUGGUGUGCGUCUGGUCACACAGUGUGCGCCCGAGACACCUCGCAUCAAGAUCGUUCGAUGGGAUAUAACUCUGUUUAGGAGAUACUCCAAUUAACGUGUAGGACGCCUGGUAUAAAAGAGUAUCUCCCCAACCCCCGCAAUACGUUCUAGAUCUAGAGAGACUGGCAUCUUAACGUUUCGCACUGUCUAGACUAUCGAGACACCGGUCUCUCUCGCUCCUUUGGUCAUCCCAUCCCAUCCAAGCACACACCCAGCCAGAUGGCGAGCAUUCCUGAGUGGUAGGGAGGGGGAUGCUGAGUGGCGGCUUGUUAGCUUCACUGUGAUACUUCAAGAUGCUUCUCCAAAGUUACCUACCAACCAUUACCGCUAAUGACACCUUAAACCCCCCUCACAUUCAAUCCAACCCGAGGGUUUAAAAUAAGGUCUCAGCUAACCCUCCCUCCAUCCAGUCAUCUAUAUUUCCUCUGUCUGUCUGUCUGUUCCGGUGAUUUGUCGUCGAACUCUGCUGCACUCUUCCUUCUACCUGAAGUGACCCUACCUAAAUACCACCCCCAACCCAAACCAUUCAAAUCCCCCUCCAAAAAUGAAGCUAUUUCUAACAAUCGCGGGUGCCGCGGCCCUCGUCCACGCACAGGCCGAUAGCACCGGGUAUUUCCCUGGCGAGCCCUCUUGCGCCCUUCCUUGCCUGUCCUCGGCCAUCACAGCAGCCGGCUGCGCCCUAAGCGACAUAGGCUGCCAGUGCGGCCCCACGCAGAGCGUCAUCGCGAACAAGGUGGGCGGCUGCAUCCUCUCGAGCUGCACGGACCCGACCGAGCUCGGCGCCGCCAUCAACGCCGGCCAGGCCGUCUGCUCGAGUUUCCUGGCCGGCGAGCUAUCGUUCACCACGCCCUCGGGUCCCGCGCCGACGCCGACGCCCACGGGUAGUGGCAGUAGCUCCGGCUCGGAGUCGGGCAGCACCUCGGGCACGAGCGGCCCUGUGACGAGCCCGCCGACUUCGACGGCUAGUAGUACUGCUGUAUCUGAAUCUGGCUCCGAGUCAGGGUCCGGAGACAGUACGUCUGAGAGCGACCAUGCCACACACACGGACACCCUCAUCGGUUCAGAGUCCCCGAUUCUUACGGGUUCCCUCACCAGUCUGCCAGCAAAUCCGACGGGCGCCGCGGCGGCCCCAGCCAGCAUUGGUGCCGGCGUAUUAGCUGGUAUCUUGGGUAUACUUGCGUUCUUGUAAGACGCUGUUUGUUUCUUGGGAUAGUCAAGGUACCUUUGUAAAGCAGAGAAAAAAAAAGGGGGAGAACCAUCAAUCUCAGAUGCCAGGCGAAUUUGUCCUUCGUAGUUACUUACGCCUUGAAGUUGAUGUAGUAUAGUCGGAUACUUGGCAUUUAUGACUGAAAUGUCGCUUAAUGUGAUCUAGCCAGCGUGGGAUCCGU